UCGUCGCUUCUUUGACGCCAUGUUGUGAAAAGUGUCAAUAGUAUUUCGGAGCUCCUGAAAAACUUAUCUUCAGUUUAUAUUUCUAAUUGGUGUUAAGCUCAACGUGCGCGUUAAAGUCUUUUAUACGAUAAUUUUGUGUAAAUAUCUGUGGCAUUUGAGUUGACAAUUACGGUGGAACAGUAAAGCAGCAAAGGCUGAGGACGUCGAUUGAUUUGUUUUGUUGCUUCAUAUAAACAUCGUUAGUUCAAGCGGCCGCCCAUUCGUAGUCGUUUGUCGUUAUUAAAAAAGCGCAAAAGUCUAAUCAACAGCUACAACAACAGCAAAAUCUACAACAACAUGCCAGGCCAAUUUGCUGGCCUCGGUGCCCUGCUAUGCUGCAUCCUCUUGUUGCAGCUUUACUGCGGCACUCAAGCCUCCCCACAACGCGCUGCCUACUCGCUGCAGGCGGCCGUCGAUGAGUUGCACCGGCGGGAGGCUGCAAAGUAUCCUUUGAAUGCGCCGCCAGCAUCGUCUGCCGCGUAUCCGCAUUACUAUGGCGGUGAACUGCAGGAUUGGGAUGAAGAUAGCGAAUUAUUUGGCACCGGCGGCAAAAAUAAAAAUCGGAAUCGCCAUAGAAUAAAUAAAGCACUUGCCAAGUACUUAGAACGUGAAAACUAUGAGGCUGAUCAUGGCGGAUUAUCCUUAGGGCCAUUCGGUGGUUAUGAGUUUGAUGAUGAGCAGAGCCAUAACAACAAUAAUCUCUUUUCCGAUGAGAAGAAGAAGCGCAGUUCCCUAUUUAGGGAACGUGACGAGCAAUUCGAUAAUGGACCGCCACCAGCGACGUCUGUGUUCCGGGAGCGUGAGAAUCAGGGCAGUGGGGAUGCGCACAGCGAGCUAACCGAGCAGUUCCUGCGGGAGAUCGAGGAAGCCAGCGAGCACGAGAGACAGGAGCGUUACAAGGCAGCGUUGCGAGAUCUCUGGGAGAAAUAUCAGCAGCAGGAGAACGAGAUAGCCGACGAUGAGUUGUUCGAGCAAAAGAAGCGCAUGCGCAUGCCUCCAUACUAUCUGCUGAUGCAGAAGAAGCGCUCCGCCUAUCCCGUGCUUCCCUGGCUCCCCUAUAAUCCGGACAAGAAGAAACGGUUCCCUGUGUCCAAGCGAGCAGCCAAACGAUCAACCACCGAACUCUCCUCCCUUGGCAAGACCGACGAGAAGGUUGCUCAGGAGCUGAGCGAACUCUUUGGCAGUGCCAAUGAGGAGAAAAAGAAACGUUCCACCGAUGAACAGCAACCGGACAAGGCCAGUGCAGUGGCACCAACUCAUGUGCCGGAGACAACGGCGACGGCGCUAAGCGACAUGAGGCUAGAGAUUAACUUCCAGCGCGUAAAUCUGAGCAAUGAGGGAGAGACAGGUGCUGCAACGGGCGAAAUUGCUCAACAUGGACAUGCCGGCCAUCAUGAGCAGGGACAAGAGUUGGAGAAGGAGCGUAGGCAUCGCAAACGCAGUGACCAUGCCCAUCACUCGGGGGAGGAGGGCUCGGAUGAGGGUCACGGCGAACAUGAUGAGCACGAUGAUGAGGGUGAGGAGAGCACCGAUGAAGACGAUCACGAUGAAUUUGAUGAGGAUGAUGAGGCGGAUGCCGAAGAGCGUCGCAAGAAAAAGAAACGCGAUGCGAACUCAAAGCAUGUCCAUUCACCUACUGUCGGUCAUCUAAUGCUGCGAGCCAAGAAAUCCAUAGAUUGGUCACAGUACUUCGGCCUUGACCGGAAGAAGAAGUCCGUCCAGGAGACAGAAUCGGAAAUUAAAAAACGCAGCAGCACCGACAACAGCAAUGAAAAUGUUGAUAACGAAGCUGAGAAGAAGAAAAAACGCCGCGAUAUUAAUCCCGAGAAACUAGAGAGCAUGGACAAAAAGUUGCAGUCCAUCGAGGACUUUAUCAUCGAUGAGACUAUCAAGUAUACUGGGGCACAUGAAGGCAUCUCCAAUCAGGAUGAAAUACGCAAGCUUAAAGAUCAUGUGCUCUCACGUUUGGCCACUGCCUACAGUCUGGAGAAGAUGCGCCGUGCACUGGAGAAGCUCCGUCAGUCUGUUGAGAAUGAAAACCAUUUGCUGCGAAAUGUUAUCGAACCGGAAUCGGAGGAGAAUACUGUCGACAAUUACUGGACUUCGAAGAAACGCCUAAGCGUUAAGAAAGAUCAGGCUGAUGAUAAUGAGGAAUCUGUUUCGAAAAACAGUGAUGCUGAUGUCAAAAAGAUGAAGAAACGGGGCGGUUACUUACGCUAUCCAGAGCAGCCCAAUACAAUGGAAGACGCAUUGACAAACUCGCCCUUUGAGCCGCUCAACGAUGCCUAUCUGGGCAACAAAAACUAUAUUAUUGGCUCCAAUCAAUGCCCUAUGAUCGAAUCGAUGGCCGAGCGUUGUCGUGGAGUAGAUUUAAUAUCCGGCGAUCUCAAUCAGGAGCUGUUACCGCUGUGCGGUGUCCAUCAGAUCUGUUACCUCUGCGGCGCCUCCCAAGUGGCAUGUGACUAUCAGUAUUUGGCCGAGGCAGACAGUGUGUGUGGCAGCAACAACGAUUGCCAGGCAGCGGCACGUUCCGUGCUCAUGAUAUUACGAGGCACACCGGGCCCACAGUUGGGUCCACGCGAAUGCUUAAAAAAUCCUUGCUUGUACAGCGCCAUGCGCGAGAUCGGGCUAUAGAGUGAACCAACAAGUAUUUUUCUAAACUUUAUUUGCAGCAGUUUUCCUAACGUUUUUUGUGUGCGUUUUAAAACAACAACAACAAAACCUUUAAAAAACAACAACAGAACAAAUGCUGAACUAGCAAAUCAAAUAAAUAUUUUAUUCAAAAUAAAAUAAGCAGCUAAUGAAGUGAAAAAUAAAAAAAUUUCGAUGAAUUUUACUGUUGCUGGCUCUAAUGUCAAAAUUGCAGCAGAGUUGAAGAACAAACUAGAAUUAAUUUUUAAAAGAGGGAAGAAAAACAACAAAGCUACAUGCACACAUGCUACAAUGCAUUUCAGUAUCGGAUUGGUAGUCAAAAUUUGAAUGAUUGAAUUCAUCCAAGACGGUAGACACCACACAUUUGCUUCAACUACUAAAUAAAUAAAUAAUAACCCGUAAUUUUUGAACCAUAUAUGUAAAUGUAAUUGGAAAUAGAAAUAAGACAGCAAGCAGCAACAAUGAAAUAAAUGUCCAAAAUAUUAAUGUAUACAUACAAGUUUUAGAAACAUAUUACCACAUAUUAACAUAUUACUACCAAUAUAUUUGUGCAGUCAUCUGCGAAAAAUAAUCAAAGAGAUAUUAAUAAUAUUAAUAAUGUGUAAAUGUAUUACAGUUAUUAAAUAUGUGCAAGUGGCAAUAGGCACAAAAUGUUUAUUUUUGAAUUCAAUAAGCAGAACAUAAAGGCAGCUACCUAGAACGCCGAAAAUUUUUUUGAGCCCUCCCAUCAAAUGCUUAAUGCAUGGCAAUAACAACAGCUUUGGAUCGGUUGAAAAGGAUUAGCAACUAAGUAUUACAACUUAAAAUAACAGGUUUUUAAUACGACUAAAUGUACUUACAUGAUGCAGUGCAAGAAAAACGCUACAAAACAAAAAAUAUAUAAAAUACAUACAUAUGUAUGUAUGUAAAUGUUUUGAGGCAUUCACGUUUAAUGUAAGAAGUCCCCAAUGCUAAUACAGAUAAGGAGCAUAAAAGUAUCUCAUAAUAUACAGUGUACACGAAUUGAUUUGUUGCUUAAUAUGACGGCUUCACGGUACACGGUACAACGUAAAACUUUCCGUAUUUUCUUAAACAACUUACUGCACACACAAAAUGCAUUAACUUGAACUAAACUAUUAAAUAGCAUGACUAUUACGAUUAAUAUAAAAACAAUAUUCAAAAGCUGAUCUAUGUACACAUGUAUAUUACUGUCUAUUUAUAUGUGAACCGGUCUACGUAUACAAAUAAACAUAUAAAUGUGUUUCAGUGUAAAAACAAUAAAUGAAAAUAACUCAGACAAAUAUGCUCUAUCUAUAGAUGUGAUUAAACGAUAUAUUUGUGUAUUCCAAAAACUAUUACCAGUUUAAUGGAAUACAUACCAGAAGAAAUACCCUGAACAAAAUCGCAGCAUUGAAAAAACGACUUAAAGCUACAUACAUAUACUAAAAAGUAUUAAACUAAAUCAAAAGAUUAUUAUUGUAUUGAUGUAUCUAAAAUUUAAAGUGUAUUAUGAAUAUUUAAUAUAUUACUAUACAGUUAUUAUAAAUGUGGAAUAAAUGUGUGAGGUGUUCUUCCUUGCUUUUAAACUACUACAAGGCGCCUCAAAAAACCCAA